GAGAUACAAAAGAAAGGGGAUUGGAAACGAAAUUUUUACGAAAUUUUUGCGUGAAGCAUUCCGCGUUAUAGGGCGUGGCUAAAACUACAAAGGAUUAUAUUUAUAGUCAGCAUGCUCAUUACCUGUCUUGACUGCUCUACAAUGUGCUGUACAUAGAAACAGUGAAAUUGAUCAUUUUUAAUGUUGAUUUUUCUAAAAAGUAAAGAGAAUUUAGCUCUAAAAAGUCGACUAAGCAACGCAGCCACUAUUACUAGACAAAUAAAUGCUAUGCAAGAAGAAAUAGCCUUUACUAUGAAGUCGUAGGAGGGACAGGCCCGUGGUGUGUCUAAAAGUAUACUAAAGCAGUUUAAAGGACUAUACUGCAAACGUUUAUGAACAGUACAGCUUAUUUAUAGCAUAAAGCCAUUCUAUGUAGCACUUAGAUACAUAAUAACCAAGUCAAGCAAUGUCCUUUGCUGUUUUGACUUCACAGGAGGGACAGAGAAAAGUUGACAUAGAGUAAUUCAAGCUAAACUCAAAAAAAUUGGAAGCAGAGUAAAGACAACGGACUUAGAGCUUGUCAGUGGUAUAAGCUUACUUCUCUCAAGUAUCUCCCAGGCCCUGAGUGAUCUCUAGUGGAUAGGAGAGCUAGAAACCAGGGAUACAAAACCGUAGCGCAGUCCUCCAUGUAAUUAUUUGCGAGCGCAAUAAUUACACGGAGUGCUUCACCGGAUGUCAGUCCUUUUACAUAGGGCGUGGGCGGUCGUUUCCAAUCCCCUUUCUUUUGUAUCUCUGCACACAGCAAUUAAUUGUGGCAUAAUUUCAAACACUCAGACUCCAGUUGACUUGCUCUACAUUGUAUUGCUGCCAGUCUUAACCCCCUAAGCAGUACCACUGAGUCUUGAAGAGCUGCAUGUCAGCCCAUUACAGAUGGCCAAUGUGAGCUGUCAGCCUGCUGUCAAUGCUGAUGAGGAGGACCAUAUUUCUGAAUCUGAAGCUGGCCCACAGCUCGAUGUACCAGAUCUACAACUGGAGAGUACUGAAAAUCCAGAUGCCCUAACAACUAUUUAUAAAUCUGAAGUUGGCCCACAGCUCGAUGUACCAGAUCUAAAACUGGGGAGUACUGAAAAUCCAGAUGCCCUAACAACUGAAACAAGGUUUGGAAAGAAGAGACCUGACUGUAUAUCUUCUCUUCCCGAGAACGUUUAUAAGACUUUGAUGUCUUUAAUUGACGGGACAUACAUACCAAUGAAGGAGAGAAAUAGUAUAGCCAAGACAGCUUACUACUAUCUGUAUACAUACCGAAAACAUCUAGAGGUAACUACAGUAGAGAAUCCUCUCACAUCUAUCUCCGAAAAAAGGAUCAUUUUCAAUGACUUUUUAAACCAACAGAAAGUAAUCGUGCUAAAGAAUCAAGAGAAGUCUGAUUGCAUCAGGUUCUUUUUCGACCGCUCAAAAGGAGAUGGCGCACGAAAGCUCAGAAAGAGAAUUGCAAAUGUUUUUUGCAAGGUGACUGAAAGAGACAUUCAAGACUACAUAAACAAUUGUUUAAGUAAUCAGGCCGCCAAAACUAAAUUUGAUAACAAAGCUCCUCUCAAACCAGUUACAUCUUUGACAGUAUGGGAGAGAGUUCAGAUCGAUUUGAUGAGCAUGAUAGAUGCACCGAUCAUGCACCGUUGAUGGCAAGGAGUACCAGUGGAUUUUAUCAUGUAUCGAUGUGUGCUCACGCUAUUUGUUACUUCGCCCACUGUAUUCGAAAGACACCGCUGUUGUGUCCGAGCAGUUACUCCAUAUUUUCUCUGACUUUGGCACACCGUCUGUCAUUCAGAGUGAUAGGGGUUCCGAGUUUAUGGGGGCAGUAGAAAGGGUGGCUAAACUUCUACAAGUGAAGAUGGUGCAUAGUAGUGUGCGACACCCUCAGUCUCAGGGGAAGGAUGAAAGAUCACAUCGCACCCUUCGAGACAAAAUGAAAUUUGAUUUGCUCAAAAUGAGGACGGAGUGCAGUGAGGAAGUUGAAUACAACUGGGUGGAGUAUCUCCCUGUCUACCAGAUAAUCUACAACACUGGUUUUCACAAGUCCAUAGGUACUUCGCCAUUUGAGGUAUUUUUUGGGAGAAUUCCUCGUUAUAACUUAAAUCCAUGCAACGUAGCUGAUACUGCACCAUCUAUGUCACAGCUGAGCACAGAUUCUGAUUGUGACGGUGACUUUGAGACAGAAGCUGAUGACAACCCUCGUAAUGUUACAGUUUCUAAUGCAGCUGUAAAAGAGCAUUUGGCAGUUGUAAAGGAAAUUCGAAAAAAAAGCAGCACUGAAAUCCCAAAAGAUGGAUGAGCAGAUGGUGAAGAAGAAGCUCAGCAAGAACCCACCUUCUACUUAUAAUAUUGGUGAUUGUGUUUUGAUGAAAGCACCAGCUAAAAACAAGAGCAGCAACAAGGUGAAAAGGAAAGGUGUAACACUGCAGACAGCUUACCAAUGCUCAAUACUUGACUCCAAGCCGAAUAUCCACAAGUAUAAGGUUCUGUAUGAGAAGGCAGGGAGUACGAUUGAAGAAUGGGUGCCAGUGAGCUCAAUUUCAUCGUUAACUAGAGCAGAAAAAAACAAACGACAGAAGCAAGCUGCUCACUCAGACAGUCAGGAGGUUUGUGCAAAGCCUACAAAACCUGAACCUGUCAACAAAUCACUGCUACAACCUCGACAAGAACAAGCUGACGACUUAUUGCUGUCAUCUACAGAUACGAUGAUCAAGCUGUCAUCAUUCUGUAUUACAUAUCAGCAUUUUUGUGAGCUGUGUAAUGGCCAGUGGAUCAACAUGGAGGUUGUCGAUUUGUACUUGCACAUGCUGUCAAAGAUGCCUGAAAGGAAAAUGUUGAAACCAAUUUGGGCUGCACCUAUAAUAAAAAUACAACUGUAUAUCAAUGGAUUGACUCAGACAAACCACUAUAGUUGUUCAAAUGAUGGAGUAUGUAGAUCCUGUGGUUUUCGACAAUGGAAUGGUGCUUGUACCAGUUCUGCAGGACUCAUAUUUCAUUCUUAUAAUAGUUUUAGACUUUGGUGCCAAAAAAAUCUCUGUAUACGACUCAUUGCAAAAACCUAUUCUUACGGAGUAUAAAGUGAGACGUUAUGGCUUCACUCACUCAUUGCUGAAACCAAUUGACUAAUUUGUGACAUUUGUGGAGUGUGCCAACUUGAUUGUCCUUGGCGAACAAGUGCCACAAGGCCCACAACUGGAGUCUGAAAGCAAGUGGAGAAUCCAAAUUCCCAAGAAUAUCCCUAAGCAAACCAACUCUAGAGAUUGUGGAGUUUACUUGUGCAAGUAUGCCAAAGGCAUGCAUUAUUAUGAGGCAGUCUCUAAGCUGCAUACAAGGCACAAGCUCAGCUCACCUGAGACAUGAGAUAGCUACAGACAUUGUCGAAGGACGUGAUCUUGGAAUUGGAAUGUAUAUGCCUGACAACACAACAAUGAAUGAGAACGAUGAUCAGAGUCCUGACGAAUCUACCCUCUUAGAAGGACGAUGCCUGGAAUGUCAGCUACUUUUGCCGAUACGUGUCUUACAGAAACAUCGACUAUUUUGCUUACCAAGAUCUAAACUGAGGAAACAUGACAAAUGCAGUGAUUCAGAAAAUGACAGUGACAGUGACAUUGACCUUCCGUAUGUUCGUUUAAAUAUCACUGGCCAGAUCAUACCACCACAGCACAUACCUGAUGUCCAAAGGAGCAACAUAUCAUCUGGCAUUACAGCAACUGUGCAAGUGGAUACAUCAUCAACCCUGUCCAACGAUGCGAGUUGAGUAUGAUGGUUCUGAAUCACACCAACCUAACUGGAAGUGACUACAACAGAAUUCCGGAAGGAGAUGAACUGAAUGAUGUGAUCAUCAACUUUUUCUUCAAUGUGUUGCUGGAAUCAAACAAAAAGUCGAUCCAGGAGGAUCAAUCAACUCCAAGUGUGUAUGUUGCCUCAACUUUCUUCUACCCUACCCUGUGUGCACAUCUUGCCAAACGGAGCUCAGCAAGGGGUCCUUCCAAAAAAAGAAGAGGCGGCAGUAUUCCAAAGAAUCAUCCAGCUAGGGGAAUACGGGGUGAGGGAAAGCUGUCCUACUUACUUAUUCCUGUUCUUGUUCAAAACUCACACUGGAUAAUACUGUGUAAUGUGAACUUUGACAAGGAAGAGAUAACAUUCUACGAUUCUCUCUAUACACUGUUCAAUACGAUACAAUGUAUCAGAACCUCAGAGAAUUUUCGUACGAACUGGUGCACUACAGAGAGGACAUAGGAGAUAUAGGAGAAAUCACACAUUGGAGAAGGAUACUCAACCUGGACAUACCCAAACAGAAGAAUGGUGUUGACUGCAUGCAUGUGGUGUGUUUGUGUGCAAGUAUGCAGAAUGCAUCGUGAAGGAAUUGUCGUUCAAGUUUGAGGCAUCGCAAAAAUCUAUUCGCUCAUGGCUUUUGUCGCAAAUACUUCAAAUGUCACAAACACUUCAAAGGGGUAGUUAUUGUGUGUGAACAGCUUCUACAGCAGAAGGAAAGAGAGGCUCAGGCCAACAACAUGCUACAGCCCGUAGAAGAUGCCAAUUAUAAUUCAGACUCCCAAUUACAGAGCGAUGAAAAACCUGAAAUCAAUCCUGGCUUUGAAGAGAGUGAUAUAGCGGCACCUAAAAUCACACUGAAGGAUGAGGAACUGCAGUACCUUAAAAGUAACCCAUAUGAGGUAGGGGGGCCUCAGUCUGGAACUACCAGGCGCCAGAAGCUCUCAAAGGCAAUAAGAGGGAUAAUGGAUGACUACAGGCAUAUUCCAAUCAAUGAAAGCUUUCUUCCGUGCUCGCUGAAACAUAUCCGAGAGCAUUUAAAAGACAUUGAGCCCAUGUUGCGUUCCAUCAGCGAUGAAAAUCAAAGUAGUUGGGUAUAGCUACAGCACAAGAAAUGGGAAUAGACAUGACAGAGAAACAGCUGAGGAAGCAGUGUGGAUUGUAUCCUGUUGAGUUUUGCAAACCUCUUGUAACAGAGAUUUACAACUUUAUGUACUUUUUAAGUGAAGACUGCAAUCCCUUGCCAGAUUCACCAGGCAAACACAUGACCAUCUGUACGAAUCACCUCAUCCCAGAGGCAAUGAUCUCUCUUAUAAUGAACGUUUACAAGCUCCAAUACAAAGAUGCAGCAGUGUCUUAUGUUUAAGAAAAUCUCGACUUAAAGGGGCGGAAUUCGCCAAUGGAAAUAAACUGACUCCAUGCAUGCAUUAAUGUGCUCAAAACUCGUUUCCUCGUUAAAACAAUUUCUAACAGCCGAACACAUUAGCCAUAGUAUAUUUAUUUAUUAAGCUGGCUCAGUUCACUAUUAUUAAAUUAUAUACA